UGUAUUUUCACAUGUUUUCUCCUUGAUCGAUUGAACUCAUGAAAUUUUCAUGUAAGGAUUUAGGCAAUUGUCACAGCUCUGAAUUAUUUCCUAUUAUAAGAGAAAUUUAAAAUCUCAAAUGAUGGUCCAAACCAUUCCUAAUGUCCCUCUAAAUGCAGACAGCAGAAAACUUGAGAGUAACAGCAGUCAUUAGUACGUACCCAGGAACCGGAAAAAUGCAGAGAUAUUUUGAUCUUGUCAUCAUAGGAGGUGGCAUUGUUGGCACAGCUCUCGCCAGGGAGAUGAAACUGCGUUUCCCUUCAUUGACUAUGGCCAUUUUAGAGAAAGAACACUCUGUUGGUACCCAUCAGACAGGCCACAACAGCGGUGUCGUUCAUGCUGGUAUCUAUUACAAGCCUGGUUCAUUGAAAGCUCGCUUGUGUGUGAGUGGAAUGAAGAAAUCAUACAAGUAUUUUGAUGAAAAAGGCAUUCCGUAUAAGAAGUGUGGUAAACUGAUCGUGGCCACAGAAGAGAAACAAAUCGAAAAACUAGACACACUUUACAGUAACAGCUUGCAGAAUGGUUUAACAAGUGUGAAAAUGUUACAUGGAAAUGAAAUCAAGGAAGUAGAGCCAUAUUGUAAGGGUUUGAAAGCUCUCCACUCCCCAGAGACAGGAAUUGUAGACUGGGGUAUGGUCGCAGAAUCUUACAGCCGAGACUUUGAGUCAGCAGGUGGAACAAUAAUCCCUUAUUUUGAUGUUAUCGGAAUAAUAGAAAACCAUGACACUCCAAAAAAGUCUUACGAUUUUCCAGUACGAAUCGUAGGCAGAACUAAUUCGAAUAUUUAUGCAAAGUAUGUUUGCACUUGUGGCGGUCUGUACGCUGAUAAGCUCGCGAUGAUGACUGGUUGUUCCCCAAAUCCUGUUAUAGUUCCCGUUCGUGGAGAGUACCUGAAGCUCUCUUAUAAGAAGCAGCAUUUGGUCAACGGUAAUAUUUAUCCAGUACCAGAUCCUAGAUUACCAUUUCUUGGAGUACACUUCACCCCACGCAUGGAUGGGUCAAUUUGGGUUGGUCCCAAUGCUGUUCUCGCUUUCCGCAGGGAAGGUUACAGAUGGUGGGACUUUAAAUUUUCUGAAUUAAAAGAAACUUUGUUCAGCCGUAGUUUCCAGAAGCUUGCAUUCAAGUAUUUUGCCUUUGGGACUUCGGAGAUGCUUAAAUCAAUAGUGAUUGGGUUGCAAGUUAAAGAGCUCCAAAAAUUUAUUCCAGAUAUUACCGCCAGAGAUAUUUCAAGAGGGCCAACAGGUGUUCGAGCUCAAGCUCUGGAUAUCAAUGGAGAAUUUUUAGACGACUUCUACUUCGACACAGCCAAAACUGGAGUACUUGCAGAGAGAGUGAUACACUGUCGAAACGCACCUUCCCCUGCAGCUACCUCAUCUCUAGCAAUUGCAGAGCAUCUAGCAGUAGAAUUAGAAACCCGCUUUCGUCUCAAACGCAUAGUUUCCAAUAAACAGAAGGGUGUUUCUAAGAAAUCUACUUGACUGAAAUAAAUUCUUGGAGAUCAUGCGGAUUUCAAUGCGGAGAAACUCGUUGAAACAAUGUGUACUAUGAGGAAGAGAAAUAUUAUAAUUCAUCCUAGCUGUACA